CACAAAAGAAGAAUCAUUAAAAAUAUCAUUUGUUCUGGUGUUGCAUUUGAAGUCAUGAAGAUUUUCCUGAUUUGUAUUCUGAUAUCUGCAGCUUUAUGUCCCAUUUACAGUUUUCCCCAAAUGAUGGGAAUGGGUAUGGGAGGAAUGGGACAGGACCAACAAAGUCAGAUGUCUGAAAUGGGAACAGCAAUGGGUUUGAACAUAGGUUUGGGAUUGAGUGGUGGAAAUUAUGAAAGAUCCUCUCAAAUGGGCCACAGAAGAAUGAACAGAAGGCGUUCAUUGGAAAAAGCAGACAAUCCUGGAUGUUACGGAAGAAGACAGUCUUUUCCUACAGCUGCUACUACUACCACUACCUCUACCACAACUGAGAGCAUAGAUCCCAGAGAAUCGUAACUAAUUCACAAUUGCAACUGAAUUAUUCUUUUUGACAGUGGAAUAUUGUUUCUAAAAGUGAUUCGUUAUGUUUGAUUGUAGAAUACUCCGAGAAAUGUUCUCUAUUCAAUCAAUUAUUUCUGUUGAUUUUUAUUAUGUUAUUAUGUUAUAAAUAUAUGACAUC